CACACGAAUUAGUUCUCUUGUCUUUGUCAGGGUAUUUCCACUGACUUAUUACUGUACAGAGACCACUUUUCUUAGGAAACAAGCGAGGAACAUGGCUGCAAAGAGAGAGUGGACAGAGCGUAAAAACUCCAGAGGCCAUGUAGAAACAUGCUGUGAACAUGAGCAUGUGAGUUUACUGGAGCUGAAAAAGGACCCCUACUUGGACAAACGCUACCUGAAGAAGAACAAUAUCCCCCCUUAUCCAGACAAUGUGCUCUUCUGUGUCUCCAAAGUGUGCCAUGUGACUGGGGAAAGUGGCCUUCGUGGUAUCUUUCGUGAUGGCGGCUUCCGUAUAACACGCCAUGACAACUUCCUGUGGUGGAGUCUAUCAGUGACCAAGGAUGACAUUGCUGUGGCUGAGAAGCGAUUCCUAAAGAAGUCAUUUCCAAAGGUCCAGGCCUCUAACCAGCAGCCUUUCCUGGAGAAGUUCACCACCUCGCCAGCAUUCCAGAGCAAGUCUCGCUACGGCAACUUCCGAUUCACCUUUCGUCUAAGAAAGCUCCUGUCUCUGUAUGCCAGACAGUUCUGUGACAGAUCCGCUCCAGUUCUUCGUGUGUUGGACACCAAGAUCUACAAGACAGAGAUUAUGUACUCCGUGUUGGUGCAUCCACGGCACAUUGAGGACUACCGCCAAUACCCACGCCUGCCCCAUCGUUAUAAUAGAGUGUGUGGGUACUUCCAAGGCAAGAUGUCAUGGCGCUGUCAGGCUCCAUCAGAAAUCCACCACUACAGACUAGUAGUGGACAAAGAGAAGUCCAGAGUGUAUGUGAAGACACUUAGCAGUGAGGAGUAUUAUGUGUGGGAUCAUGUGGCUGUAGCCUUUUACAUGGAGCCAGGCUGGGUUCUGGAUGUGGAUCGGAAGCAACUGUAUAGAAGUGUGAGCGUAUGUGAGGUCACUAAACCGAAUCUCGUGAGGGAGCCAGACCGCGCCCUCAAUGAGGAUGAGGCUUCCGAAGUACUACAGGACAUAGCUAGUCAGCACAACUUAGGCCACUACUAUUGAUCAGGGGUGUCCAGUCUUAUUGCUGUCAAUUUAGUGACUGCAAACAUUUUUCAGAAGCCCAACCAAAUGCAUCCAACCCAUUAAUCCAGGUGAUGAGAGUAGUUACUCAAAAAAGUAAUUCAUUACAAAUGACUGAUUACAUCUCUGAAAGUCUAAUGGGAUUGCUUCACUUUGAUGGAAAAAAUAAUCUCACCAUUCAUCACUGUACUUUUAAGUUACUCUCUAAAACCCAUACAAAUCUGUACCAUUUACCUAGAAAGAAAUAGAUGACUGUGGUAAACAAU